AUGAAAUCCCGUGCGCGACGGUGUCUGCUGAUUUGUUUGCUCUUCCUUACCUUAUCGAAUCUUUCCCAUGGGGAAAACAAGUUCAGAGAGCGUAACGCCACCGAUGACGACGAGGGCUACCCAGAAAUUGAUGAAGAUGCUCUGUUGAACACUCAGUGCCCGAGAAAAUUGGAGCUGCGAUGGCAGACUGAAGUCACUUCUAGCAUUUAUGCUACACCCUUGAUUGCUGAUAUUAACAGUGAUGGAAAGCUUGACAUUGUUGUUCCAUCUUUUGUUCACUACCUCGAAGUUCUUGAAGGAGCUGAUGGAGACAAGAUGCCAGGUUGGCCUGCGUUUCACCAGUCAAACGUGCAUUCGAGUCCUCUUCUAUUUGAUAUCGACAAAGAUGGUGUUAGAGAAAUUGCUCUGGCGACCUACAAUGGCGAAGUGCUCUUUUUCAGGGUAUCAGGCUUUUUGAUGUCAGAUAAGCUAGAAGUGCCACGUAGAAAAGUGCACAAGAACUGGCAUGUGGGACUGAAUCCUGACCCUGUUGACCGGUCUCAUCCUGAUGUCCAUGAUGAUCUGCUUGUUCAGGAAGCCAUGGAAAUGAUGUCAUCGACCACUCAAACGAAUCCAACUACCACAACACCAAAUGUUACCGACUCGAUGUCCAAAGAAGUGCAUGGCGAGGCUUCAAAUGUGUCAUCUCAAGAGGAUCAAAAGAAACCCGAGAAUAACCAAACAGAAGCUGUC